AUGUCCAAAGUCCAGUCUAAAGCCAAGUCCAGAGCCAAGACCAAGGCCAAGUCCAAAGCCAAGUCAAAAUCGAUAUCCAAAGCUAAGUACAGAGCCAAGUUCAAGCCCAAGUACAAAGCCAAGUCCAGACCCAAGUUCAAGCCCAAGUCCAACGCCAAGUUCAAAGCCAUGUCCAAAGUCAAGUCCAAAGCCAAGUUCAAAGCCCAAGUUCAAAGCCAAGUCAAAAGCCAAGUCAUGAGCCAAGUCAUGAGCCAAGUCCUCAGCCAAUUUAAAAUCGAUGUAAAAGGCCACGUCCGAAGCCGAGUCCAAACCAAAUUCCAAGAUAAAUCUUAA